UCCACCCUCGCUGGGUAGCGUUUAGACAUCCCCGGCGCAGGCAGUUCUACCCGGAGAGACACUUAUAAGUGAUGCCACAGCGAAAACCCCGUCUCGCAACCGCAAAACGCGUCGAAGAUAAAUACUGACACGGUGCUGUGGGGCUUUUUGUUUUUCUCCAGAAGAAGGAAGAUAAAAAAGAUUUCGCCUCGAGACAGUGAACUGCCCAUGAAGAUGUCUAACGUUGACAUCGUCUUGAACGCCACCGAUCGGAUGGUGAAAUCGGUCCCCUUCCCUCUGAGCCACCGGCUGACGGUGAAGGAGGUGUUCGACGUGGAGGGGAAGCCCCGGGUGGACCUCCUCAAGGCCCACCUCACCAAGGAGGGACGUGUGGAGGAGGCCGUCGCCCUGCGCAUCAUCGCCGAGGGGGCCUCCAUCCUGCGCCAGGAGAAGACCAUGCUGGACAUCGAGGCCCCGGUCACAGUAUGCGGGGACAUCCAUGGGCAGUUCUUCGACCUCAUGAAGCUGUUUGAGGUGGGGGGCUCACCAGCCACCACGCGCUACCUCUUCCUGGGAGACUACGUGGACCGCGGCUACUUCAGCAUCGAGUGUGUGUUAUACCUUUGGUCGCUGAAAAUCCUUUAUCCAAAGACGUUAUUUCUACUGAGAGGCAACCAUGAAUGUAGACAUUUGACAGAAUACUUCACCUUCAAACAAGAAUGUAAGAUUAAGUACUCGGAGCAGGUGUACGACGCCUGCAUGGAUGCGUUCGACUGCCUGCCCCUGGCCGCGCUCAUGAACCAGCAGUUCCUGUGCGUGCACGGAGGCCUCUCACCUGAGAUACACACCCUAGACGACAUCAAGAAGCUGGACAGGUUUAAGGAGCCCCCUGCCUUCGGCCCCAUGUGCGACCUGCUGUGGUCGGACCCGUUGGAGGACUACGGCAACGAGAAGACCCAAGACUUCUUCACACACAACUCAGUCCGCGGCUGCUCCUACUUCUACAGCUACCCGGCUGUCUGUGAGUUUCUGCAGAGCAACAACUUGUUAUCAGUGAUCCGCGCGCAUGAGGCCCAGGACGCUGGUUACCGGAUGUACCGCAAGAGCCAGACGACUGGCUUCCCUUCACUCAUCACCAUCUUCUCCGCUCCCAACUACCUGGAUGUUUACAACAACAAAGCCGCUGUUCUCAAGUACGAGAACAACGUAAUGAACAUCAGACAGUUCAACUGCUCCCCGCAUCCCUAUUGGCUGCCCAACUUCAUGGACGUCUUUACUUGGUCCCUCCCCUUUGUUGGAGAGAAAGUCACAGAGAUGCUGGUCAACGUGUUGAGUAUCUGCUCCGACGACGAGCUCAUGAACGACGAGGAGGAGAUCUUCGACGCAAACGCCGCCGCAGCCCGCAAGGAGGUGAUCAAGAAUAAGAUCCGAGCCAUCGGGAAGAUGGCCAAGAUGUUCUCUGUGCUCAGGGAGGAGAGUGAGAACGUGCUGACCCUGAAGGGCCUGACGCCCACUGGCAUGCUGCCCAGCGGUGUCCUCGCUGGGGGGGCAGAGACCCUGCAGAGCGCCACUAUCGAGGCCAUAGAAGCGAUUGAGCCAGAGCCAGAAGACUCAGAAGGGCGUGGCUUCUCGCUGAAGAUCAACUGCUUCGCGGAUGCCAAGGGUCUGGACCGUAUCAACGAGCGCAUGCCCCCCCGCCGGGAGGGCGGCGGCCGCGUCGUCGUCGUCGCGGGCAGCAAGACCAUCGCGCCGGAGGCCAACGGCACCGACGACGGCAGCGGGCUGGAGUGA